UCCCUACAGUCCCAUAAGCGGAGGAGUGAGAGGUGCAUGAAAUGGAGAAAAAUGGCGGAUCAUGUGCAGGGCCUUGCCCAGCUGGAGAUCCUGUGUAAGCAGCUGUACGAGACCACCGACACCGCUGUGCGACACCAGGCAGAGAAAGCUCUGGUGGAGUUCACCAACAGCCCCGACUGUCUCAGUAAAUGUCAGCUGCUGCUGGAGAGAGGCAGCUCUUCGUAUUCCCAGCUGCUCGCCGCCACUUGUUUAUCUAAACUGGUGUCUCGGACCAGCAACCCCCUACCCCUCGAGCAACGCAUUGACAUUCGGAACUAUGUGCUGAAUUAUCUGGCAACUCGGCCGAAGUUAGCGGCGUUUGUGACCCAGGCCUUGAUCCAGCUGUACGCCCGGAUCACCAAACUAGGCUGGUUCGACUGUCAGAAAGAUGACUACGUCUUCAGAAACGUCAUCGCUGAUGUGACGCGAUUCCUUCAGGACAGUGUGGAGCACUGCAUCAUAGGCGUCACCAUUCUAUCCCAGCUGACGAACGAGAUAAAUCAGGCCGACACGACGCAUCCGCUGACCAAACAUAGGAAGAUAGCUUCGUCCUUCAGAGACUCGUCACUCUUCGACAUCUUCACGCUUUCCUGCAACCUCCUCAAACAGGCUUCAGGGAAGAACCUGAACCUGAACGAUGAGUCCCAGCACGGCCUGCUGAUGCAGCUCCUCAAGCUCAGCUACAAUUGCCUGAACUUUGACUUUAUAGGAACUUCCACAGACGAGUCAUCAGACGACCUUUGCACUGUACAGAUUCCUACAUCAUGGAGAUCGGCGUUUCUCGAUUCCUCCACCCUGCAGCUGUUUUUCAAUUUAUAUCAUUCCCUCCCUCCAUCCCUUUCCCCGCUGGUGCUGUCGUGUUUAGUCCAGAUAGCCUCUGUGCGGCGCUCGCUCUUCAACAACGCAGAGCGAGCCAAGUUCCUCUCGCAUCUGGUGGACGGCGUGAAGAGGAUAUUGGCGAACCCCCAGUGUUUGCCGGAUCCCAACAACUACCACGAGUUCUGCCGCCUGCUGGCGAGGCUGAAGAGUAACUACCAGCUGGGGGAGCUGGUGAAAGUGGAGAACUACCCUGAGGUGAUCCGUCUCAUAGCCAACUUCACCGUCACCAGCCUGCAGCACUGGGAGUUUGCCCCCAACAGCGUCCACUACCUGCUGAGUCUGUGGCAGCGCCUGGCAGCGUCUGUCCCCUACGUCAAAGCCACCGAGCCCCACCUGCUGGAGACCUACACCCCAGAGGUGACCAAGGCCUACAUCACGUCGCGGCUCGAGUCGGUCCACGUCAUCCUCAGAGACGGCUUAGAGGACCCGCUGGACGAUGCCGGUCUGGUCCAGCAGCAGUUAGACCAGCUAUCCACCAUCGGCAGGUGCGAAUACGAGAAGACGUGCGCUCUGCUGGUGCAGCUGUUCGACCAGGCGGCGCAGACCUACCAGGAGCUGCUGCAGUCCACCAACUCCAGCGCUGCAGACAUCACCGUGCAGGAGGGUCGGCUCACGUGGUUGGUUUAUAUUAUCGGUGCCGUGAUCGGCGGACGGGUAUCGUUUGCAAGUACAGACGAGCAGGACGCCAUGGAUGGAGAGUUGGUCUGCCGGGUUCUGCAACUGAUGAACCUGACGGACUCUCGGCUCGCUCAGGCAGGCAACGAGAGGCUGGAGCUGGCCAUGCUCAGCUUCUUUGAACAGUUCAGAAAGAUCUACAUCGGCGACCAGGUGCAGAAAUCUUCAAAGCUUUAUCGACGAUUAUCAGAAGUUCUUGGGUUGAACGACGAGACGAUGGUACUCAGUGUCUUUAUAGGGAAAAUCAUUACAAAUUUGAAGUACUGGGGCCAGUGUGAGCCAAUCACCUCCAAAACACUACAGCUGCUCAAUGACCUCUCUUUAGGAUACAGCAGUGUGAGGAAGCUAGUGAAACUCAGCGCUGUCCAGUUCAUGUUGAACAAUCACACGAGUGAGCAUUUCUCCUUCCUGGGUGUAAACAACCAGUCCAACCUGAGCGACAUGAGGUGUCGGACCACCUUUUACACGGCACUGGGACGCCUGCUGAUGGUUGACUUGGGUGAGGACGAGGACCAGUUUGAACAGUUCAUGUUGCCUCUGACAGCUGCGUUUGAAGCUGUGGCUCAGAUGCUCAGUACAAACACAUUCAACGAGCAGGAAGCCAAGAGGACUUUGGUAGGUUUGGUCCGAGACCUCCGAGGCAUCGCGUUCGCCUUCAACGCCAAGACAAGUUUCAUGAUGCUGUUCGACUGGAUCUAUCCAACGUACAUGCCCAUCCUGCAGCGGGCCAUCGAGCUGUGGUACCACGACCCGGCCUGUACCACACCCGUCCUCAAACUCAUGGCGGAGCUUGUCCACAACAGGUCGCAACGGCUUCAGUUCGACGUGUCGUCGCCAAACGGAAUCCUGCUAUUUAGGGAAACCAGCAAGAUGAUCACCACAUAUGGGAAUCGGAUCCUGACGCUGGGAGAGGUCCCCAAGGACCAGGUGUACGGCGUGAAGCUGAAGGGCGUCAGCGUGUGUUUCGCCAUGCUGAAGGCCGUGCUCAGUGGAAACUACGUCAACUUUGGGGUCUUCCGUCUCUAUGGCGAUGACGCCCUGGACAACGCCUUGCAAACCUUCAUCAAACUACUGCUCUCCAUCCCUCACAGCGACUUACUAGACUACCCGAAGCUCAGCCAGUCCUUCUACUCUCUGCUGGAGGUGCUGACUCAGGACCACAUGAACUUCAUCGCCAGCUUAGAGCCGCACGUGGUCAUGUACAUCCUGUCGUCGAUAUCAGAAGGCCUCACGGCCCUCGAUACGAUGGUGUGCACCGGCUGCUGCUCCAGUUUAGACCACAUAGUCACCUACCUGUUCAAGCAGUUGUCACGCUCCACCAAAAAGAGGCCCGCCACCAUGGCAACAGACGACCGAUUCCUGCACAUCAUGCAGCAGCACCCGGAGAUGAUCCAGCAGAUGCUGUCCACUGUGCUGAACAUCAUCAUCUUCGAGGACUGCAGGAAUCAGUGGUCAAUGUCGCGGCCGCUGCUAGGCCUCAUCUUGCUCAACGAGAAGUAUUUUGCUGACCUGAGGAACAGCAUCGUCAGCAGUCAGCCUCCUGAGAAGCAGCAAGCCAUGCACUUAUGUUUUGAGAACUUGAUGGAGGGAAUAGAGAGAAACCUUCUAACAAAGAAUCGGGACAGGUUCACGCAGAACCUGUCGGUGUUCAGGAGGGAAGUCAACGACAGCAUGAAGAACUCAACGUACGGCGUCAACAGCAACGACAUGAUGAGCUGACAUUCCACACAGCAGAGUCUCACCCAGCCGCAGAGCGGGCUCACCUCUCCCCUCGCACCCCCGCCCCCGCUCCACACGCUCCCCCCGCCCCUCACCCUGCUCCCCCCUCCUCCCCCGCCUCCUCCCCUGGGCCGGGAUGCCUAAGGGAUCGUCUCCUCACCCCGUCACCACAUUGGCUAAACUUUCCCGCCUUCUUUUUGAUAUAAGCAUAUAUAAAUAUAUACAGAUCUAUUUUAAAGCCAGCCCGCGUUGGUCUGACUCAUCUGGCUGUUGUAACUAAGGAGGGGAGGGGAGGGGGGGUGCAUGUCUUGGCACGUCUUGGCACUCUUAAUCACCGGCGGAGGGAGGCGGGAGUGCUGCGGCUGGAAACGGAGGAAACGGGACGCGGGGGACGAGUACCAGUAACCGUAGUAAUCCGCUUCUGCCUGCCUUGUAUAGAAAACACACAAAACCAAGUGUAAAUUUUUUUUUUUUUUUUCGUAACAUUUUGAACAAUGUUUAUAAUGAUCGAAUUUCAACCGAGAUGAUGAAUUGAGGAUUGAAACAAAAAAAAAAACCCACGUGUGAUUGAGCUUUUUACAGUGUAGUGAGUUAGUGCAAGCUGUCCGUCUGCGUGGGAGGAGGAGGAGGAGGAAGAGGAGGAAGAGGAGGAGAGACACGGGGAGAGGUGGUAGGGUGAGGAAGCAAAGGUCCACACACUAACAGAAAGGGAGUCAGAGCACCCAUGCUGUACAUUUCUCUCAGUCUCUGCUUGAAGUGAUGUAAAUAGUUGUGCAGCAGCAGGGAGGCAGCUUUUAAAGGAACAUUCUGCUGUUUUUCCAGCCAAAGUUCCCCACGCGGCUCCAAGUACUAAGACGGCUCCACAGCUCUGUGGAAAGAGAACGAAGCAGAAAAAGCAUCGUACGAUUCCAACUGCUUCGACUUGCUGCUCCUGGCUUCUUCUUUUUUCUUUUUUUUUUUUUGUUUCAGAGCGUGACACUAACCGAACCUUUUUUUGGCUUUCCUACAAAUGAAGAUGUCUGAGUGUGAACCUGAUGAAUACCCCCCCCCCCCCCCCCCCCCCCCAAUUAACAGUAAAUCUGUUAAUUGUUCAAAUAAAAGCGCAAGACAAAGGAAGUGGUUCUAACAUCUUGGUUUUUGUACAGCUGAAGAGAGCCGGCAUUUAAGCGGCCCUUAACCUAGCGCGGCCGCUGCUACAUGCGUGAAUGUGGGCGAUCUACUCCAACACGCCAAGGCUACUUUGCUCGUUUUCAAAAGUUUCAUUCAAGCUGGCUUACAAGUUUCUAAAUUACUUCUUUCUUUUUUUUCAUCAUGUGAGAAAUCUGUGAUUCGUUUAUCUAAUUGGACAAAAGUUCGGUCCUUGAUUUAUUCCUGGAACAGAGACCAAAUAUGUAUAGAUAAAAUAAAUCAAUUCAAAUAAACCCAGCGACAGCUUUACAGUCCAUUAGAUUAGAGGGGAAAGCUGCUGAUCAGAAAGUUUCCCAGUGAUCGCUUUUCUUCCAGCCAGGAGUCUCUUUUAGUCCAGAAGCUGGAGAUGGACCAUUCCUCUGCUCCUCUUCAUUUCUGCGUCAUUCCUCGCUGCCGCCUUGCGUCUCCGCUUCAGUGAAACAUGCGCUCGGUGCUUCUCUCGCUCUGUUCCCUUUUCUCUUUAAAUCAGCGACGCCGUCAGUGGUCGAGGCGGAUCGUGACCGCGCCGGCUGAUCAGAGGACAUUAACGAGAUCAGAAAACAGCAGAAUCUUGCUUUAUAAAGCCCGACAGUCCUCAGGCGUCACACACACACACACACACACACACACGCCUGCUGCUUUGUGACGUGUAAGCAACAUGGUUGCAGCUCCGUUUCCCCCUCCGGCAGGCUCGGUGCAGUAUCCACCAUUUUGUUUACACUCUGGAUUCCUCGGACCCCCCCGUUUAGGUCCUGCAGUGAAGUCCUUUUGGUGUGUGCAUGUUGUGUAUGAGUGUGUGUGUGUGUGUGUGUGUGGAGUGGCGUGGCUCUCUGUUACCUGGUGUGUGUGUGUGUGUGUGUGUGUGUGUGUGUGUCACUUGGUGAACGUGCGGUGGAGCUCAAACAGCCAAGGUGCAUGUGUGGAUGUGUGUGUGUGUGUGUGUGUGUGUGUGUGUGUGUUGAAGGCAGACUCGGAAUAAUCAGAAGGGGAAGCCAGCGGAGGAGACGUGGGUCACCCCGAAGGAGCCCAUUUGAGCCUGAAGAGCCUCCGUAGAAGUGAGGACAGUGUAAAGGAGUCUCUUAGCAACGUGUGUUACUCUGUACGAUGUUGCUGCUAACCAUUUGUGACGACUUGCUCAUCUCUAACCAUGUCAGCACUCACGGAUGUCCCUAAGUUUGGUUUGUGUCCCCUGAUGUGAAUGUGUUGGGUCCAUAGAGUGAAUAGCUGUUUGAGUUGUUUGGAUGUCUGCUACAUAUAGUGUAAGCAUUGUGACUGCAAAUAAACCUCAUUGAUUUUUACAACA